AUGGGCGAUGAUAAGGUGAGCUCGGCAGAUCCACUCAAAUUGUGUAGAACAGUCAACUCACACAUACAGAGUAAUGGCUGCCUCGCUGAUGUGUUGGGCUAUAUAGACAGUAACCAAGUCACACCCCUGACCUAUAAACGGAACUGUGAUGCGCGUGAUCUGGAUUCUCCAGUAGGUGUGGCAGCCCUUGCGGGACGAGCUGAUGUUGUCAGCGCUCUAAUUGAUCGGGGGUUUGCCGCAAACGAAAAAUGUCGCACUGCCCUCGGGUAUUCAUGUACACCAAUACACCUUGCAUGCAAGAUGGGCCACAUCACCGUCGUCAAGUCGCUAGUCGAGGACCAUGGAGUCAGCGUCAACAUUAACGACGGUUGGGGCAACUCCCCUCUGUGUAGUGCCGUCAAAUCUGGAAGCGCUGAUGUAGCUGGGUAUCUGAUAAAGAAAGGAGCAACAUUAGAUUUCCGGGAACUGUUUACAAAAUGUACGUAUCUCCAUUUUGUGGCCGACACAGAGAACAUAGACCUGUGCAAAUGUCUGGUUGCACACGGGUGUUACGCCAACGCUCGUGACGUCACGGGAUGCACACCUCUCCACGUCGCAGCGACGUCAGGAAACGUCGAGAUGGCAAAUAUUCUCCUUGAAGCUUGUGCAAAUAUUAAUGUGGUGGAUAGUUUUAACCGUACGCCGUUUUUCAACGCGGCCGCGGAGGGGCAUAUUGAAAUGCUGAGGUUGCUGUUUUCUCAGGGUGCGGAUCCGAGUGUCUGUGACGCGAACGGCACCUCCCCGCUCCUGACGGCGAUAGAGUACUGCGGCAGUGACGUCAACACUGUUCGAUACCUCCUUGUCGACGUCAACGCUAAUCUCGGCUCACAGGGAAAUUUGAGGGGUAAGACGCCCUUGUUGUUAGCGGUGCAACGGGGUCACUCGGACAUCGUUGACAUGAUUAUCAAUACCGGAUAUGACGCCACGCAGAAUGACAUCACGUGGUGCCGUCACGUGGUUGUUGGAAAAGGAGAGCCAGCUGCCAGGGAAUAA